UGUCUCGCCCUCUCAUAUAAAUACCGCCCACAGACUACUUCGCCUCUACGGUUUUGCCUUCGUCGUUUUCUUCUUUGCUCGUGUUUGUUGCUUUCGCAAAGCAAAUCAUUGAAAAUUGUUCCUCUUCUUCUUCCUCUAUUUCCGACGCUCGUAACCCUAGUUUCUUCUUCGAUUUCGUUGAUCUCGUCUGAGAAUCUGAUGGCUGCUAAACCACUUACAACUGAGGCAAUUGCUCUUACAGAGAAGAAAAUGGACAUGACAUUAGAUGACAUCAUUAAAAUGGCGAAAAAUAACGGCACUAAAGCUAAGAAGCAGCAGCAGCGUAGGGCGCCGAAUAAAGGUCAGAGCUUUUUGAAAACUGCUGUUCAGGAGAAAUCAGCAAAGGUGCGGCGAUAUAUGGAUUCAAGAUCAUCAGUUAGACAGGGGUUCCUAGCUCAAAGAAGGUCAAAUUUCCAGGGAAACCAAUUCCCUUUGGCAGCUGAGGCUGCACGAAAGGCUGCAAAUGCUGCAUUUCGAAAUAGAGCUUUUCCCCAUAACCAGAUGGCUAAUUGGAAACCAAGGUAAAUAUUGGCCCUUCAACAUUACUAUUGGCAUCUUCCCUGUGCUUGCGAUUGAAGCAUUUUUCAACUGGAAUAAUUGUGGAACUCCUGCAUUUAGUUGUUUAAGUGGCAAGCAGCCAAUUUGGGAGUGAUUCCAAGUGUUGACUGUUUCCGUAAAUGGCAUCCAGAAUUGAAUUCCUGCAUCAUAAACUUCUUGUUUGCAAAAUUUCUAUAUGUUGAGCAGUGCAUAUCUCUUUUGAUUGCGGAAAUUCAUGCUAAGAACUGGGGACUGCAUGGUUUUCGGGUUAUCUGUCAAAGAAUUGAUUACAAGUAUUGGACAGUGGUUUGGUUUGAAGGAGAUGCUUUUGGUUUUACAUAAAAUGUUAACUGCAUUUAAAUACUUGAAGUAUUUAGUACAUUUACGGAAACAAGACAGCACAUUUGAUCUGGAUAGUUCGACUUUGUCUGUGUUGACCAGCUCAUUUGCUUUAUAAGUCAAAAGUUAGUUUCACUCUUGUUGUGUUAAUUGGGUGCCACUGUAGAUUCCUUGACGGGCCUGGCAGUAGAUAACUUUGUUCUCUUGUUCGAAUUUUACUGAUUCUGGAGCGUUAUAGUUGCGGUGUUAUCCCAUGUUCAGCUUUUUCUACUGGCCACUACACACUAGAUUAUGUGCUAUUGCCUACAAUAUGUGAUGUUACAGAACUUGUUCCUGGGAGUGUGUCCUGCACUUCCGUUCGUUUUGCAUUUUAGUAUUUAUAUCAUCGAUUGGCCUUCUAGAUACUUUCCGAUGAUAGAUAUGAAACUGAGAAGAUAAUGCUGCAGGAUGCAUGUCAUUUGCUACUUAAUGCCAUACCAAUACGAGGCUUAUGGAGAGUUCUCGUCCUUUUUCUAGUUUAACUGAAAGAAGCUUCAUUUUCCAUCUGGUUUUAUUGGUCUUAGUUGCCUGCUUCAUGGAUGAUUGGAUUUCUUUUCGCUGAUUUAAGCAUUGAGGGAUAGAACCUACAUGGGAUAGUUUCUGUGGUUGAUUGGAUUUGUUUUCCCUGCUUUAAGCAAUCAUUGAGAGAUAGAACUCAUAUGGAUCAUUUCCGUAUGGUAAUUUUUUCCCUUUCAACAUAACAAGAGGGAGAAUUUGGGUUGGGACAUGUGAUAUAGAAGAGUAGGUUUGUCAUGACAAUUUUCUGAAGUUCCUUCUAUGGGUGGCGGUUAUAGUGGGCAAAUAUUAAUGAGAUGCUGAUUUGCAAAGGUUGGAACUUAACGGGUUGAUUCCUACAGAAGCUUCUUUGCAUGUGUAUUCGUUUUGUUUCAUUCUUGUGGAUGUUGCUUUGGAAGAGGUCUCCUCUGUAUUUGACUUUGGAGAGAGAGGAGUCGUUGGGGUGGUUGUGUUCCCAGUUUUACUGCUAUGUGGAGUGUCUUUAAUUUGAGAUUUUCACCAGAGCGUCUGAGGGAUCUUCAUUUUUCGUAACUGUUUAGUAUUGAAUGGUUUGUAUAAAUUCUCUGUUAGUUGGAUACUAAUAGAUGUUAUGACGGUAAGAUGCUCUACUCUCAGCCAUGUGUACUUGUGGUCCUAUAACAAUUCCACGUGUUGCUGCCAGCAUCUUCAUAGUGAUUCUUUCAUCCGUAGGUGUUCAUUCUCAGAAGUAUAUUGCCUUUUCAUUUCUUCAACUUUAUUUUUCAUUUGAUGCAGGGUUGGUGCUCCACCUGUUCAAAGACGGCCUGGAAAUGGAAGAUUUGCUGCCAAGGUACUGUAACUUCCUUCUC